AAGCAUCACACAAUAUUAUACACCCCUCGUUGACAUCGUCCAUUUUAACAUCUUCCAACUUCACAUAUUCCCUCCGCCGUAUCGCCGUCGUAUCACCACCAUGUCAACACCCACAAUCUCGUUGACCUUCCUACUGCUUAUAAUUCACGCAACUGUUUUAUUAGUUCCAUCACAGUCUUCUUCCAUAAUCCCGUCUAGGUACGAUGGCUUCGUGUACAAAAAACGCGCAGCUUCGACUGCCACGGUGAUGAUCGAGGCGUUCUAUGAUCCGGUUUGCCCCGACAGCAGGGACUCGUGGCCCCCGCUUAAACAAGCGGUUGACCACUAUGGCCCUGCUGUUGUUUCUCUCAUUGUUCACACCUUUCCUUUACCGUACCAUGACAAUGCUUUUGUCACCUCCCGAGCUUUGCAUAUCGUCAAUGAGUUAAAUACUUCGCUUACAUACCAUUUGUUGGAAGCAUUUUUUAAGCAUCAGGAACAAUUUUACAACGCACCAACCAUAAACAUGUCUCGACAAGCUGUUCUAGAUCAAGUUAUAGGGUUUGCAUCAGGCACUCUUGGGAACUCUCUGAAAUCUGCCAUUACUUCUGGAUUCAAGGACUCGAAAACUGGUACCAAAACUAGAGUGUCAUUUAAGUACGGUUGUUCAAGAGGUGUUUAUGGCACCCCAUUCUUCUUUAUUAACGGGUUUGUGCUACCGUUUAACGAUGAUGCCCCAAUCGACUUUGAUGGAUGGAAAAAGAUCAUCGAUCCUCUUAUCGCUAACAAACAUCAACACUAUCCUUCGAGUGUCUUUUGAUUAUGCGAUUCUUCUCAUUUUGGUUGCCUUUUCUCUUAAAACUGUCUUUGUAGUUGAGGUCCCCGGUGUUGUUUUAUAUGAAUAAAACAUCGAUGAUAUAUGAACAAGGAAAGUAAUUACUGUUGUAUUUACCGUUUAGUGAUAUAAGAGAAAGUUCGGCUUCAUUAAA